AUGCCAGGGAAAACGCCUCAUUCAAACGGAAAAGAGCCGGUCGAGAACGGUAUUAGGAACAACCAGGACGUUGACAUGACCGACGAGAAGUCCUCGCUUAAGGGAAAGGGCAAGAAGGGUGUUAAGGAAGGCGAAGAUAUGACAGUUGUCGUCCCCCCUUCGAAGACCACAAAACAAUCUUCUCAACCACCUCCGCCUGACGCUGAUGGAGACAUCGAAAUGGACGUGGAUAAGCCGGAGGAUCUCGAGGUCAAGAUCGACCCCGUCACUCAGGCCAUCACAGAUAUUAAGAGUAAUUUCGCCCUCCUCGACCGCGCAGUAGCUCUAUUCGAUGCCAGAUUCUCGUUAAGGGCCUUAAGAUCUAUUUCUUCCCUUCGGAAGCGUCUCACACCGGAUAUCCUAGCCCAGGUUAUCGCAGAGACUUUCUCGGUCUCGAGCACAUCCGCCAACGUGGCUAAGCAACUUCUAGUUGCUAUCGGAAAAGAAGAUGUAUCACUAGGUCGCCAGCCUAGUUCUGAGAUGGAGAUUGAUAGCGAACCAAAGGCUCCCGCUAAGAACGGGAGCAAGAAGGAGAAUAAGGAGGUCAUUCCUGAGAUCGAUAUCUUCCUGAGCAUCUUGGUUCAAGUCUAUCUAUUUGACGCCAAGCAAUUCCAGCAGGGAGCGGAAUUUUCCAAAUACCUUUCAGAGCGCAUCCACUCUUUGAAUCGCCGGACUCUAGAUUCGCUUUCCGCAAAGGCCUACUUCUACUACUCUCUAUUCUGCGAGCAGCUUGCACCUUUGCCCCCGUCUCCUCAGUCUCCGAUCGUUGCGAUCCGCCCGACCCUUUUGACUGCUCUCCGGACUGCCGUCUUACGAAAGGAUAUCGAUAUUCAAGCCUCGGUUAUCGUACUCCUUCUCCGAAGCUAUCUAUUGACUUCCCACAUCUCUCAAGCGGAUCUCCUUGUAUCUCACACUCAGUUCCCCGAGAAUGCUGCCAACAACCAAGUUGCACGCUUCCUUUAUUACCUCGGCCGGAUCCGAGCCAUUCAGUUGCGCUACACUGAGGCACAUGAACAUCUAACGGCAGCCACACGAAAAGCUCCGGCAAGCUCAUGCGCCUUGGGUUUCGCGCAAACUGCGACAAAGCUUCUGCUCGUUGUGGAGCUGCUAAUGGGUGAUAUCCCCGAACGUGCUACCUUCCGCGUUUCCAAUAUGGAGCAAGCCCUUCACCCAUACUUCUUACUCGUCCAAGCUGUACGAGUAGGUAACUUGGAGGAUUUUGAGGUGACGAUCGCUGACCAUGCCGACACCUUCCGCCGCGAUGGGACAUACUCGCUCAUCCUACGCCUUCGCCAGAACGUCAUCAAGACCGGCAUCCGCAUGAUGAGCUUGAGCUACAGCCGUAUCUCGCUGCGCGACAUAUGCAUCCGCCUGCAUCUUGGUAGUGAAGAGAGCGCGGAGUACAUCGUCGCUAAGGCGAUCCGCGACGGUGUCAUUGAGGCGACCUUAGAUCGGGAACGAGGUUUCAUGAAGAGCAAGGAGGUUGGUGACGUUUACGCUACUAGGGAACCGGGAGAGGCGUUCCACGAUCGUAUCAGAGCUUGUCUUGCGCUACAUGAUGAAAGUGUGAAGGCCAUGCGUUUCCCUAUGAACCAGCACAGACUAGAGUUGAAGAACGCUCAGGAGGCGCGUGAACGAGAACGUGAGAUGGCAAAGGAGAUACAAGAAGGUGACCUGGACGAAGAUGACCUCGGUGGAGACUUCGAGGGGAUGUAA